AUGAGCUUCUUUGACCCACAAACGCAUUCCCCUCCACGCUGCAGCCCACAAUUCCCAAAUAUCGGCCAAGAACCUCCAGAGAUGAAUAUCUACUACGAGAACUUCUUCCAUCCACAGAACAUCCCGAGUCCCCAGCGACCAAGCACCUUUGAGACGACGGAUUACAACGCCACUCCCAACCCCUACCUCUGGCUAAAUGGACCUUCCAUUACCCCACCGCCGUAUCUGCCAGGAUCCAACGCCAGUCCUUUCAUUCCGCAGUCGUACGGGAUGCAGAGGCAGCUCUUGCCUAACAUGCACAGCUUGGGAGGAACUGACCUUGGCUGGCUUCCCCUCCCGUCCCAAGAGGAGCUCAUGAAGUUGGUGAGACCACCUUACUCCUACUCUGCCCUCAUUGCCAUGGCCAUCCACGGGGCACCUGACAAGAGGCUGACUCUGAGCCAGAUCUACCAGUACGUGGCUGACAACUUCCCGUUCUACAACAAAAGCAAAGCUGGCUGGCAGAAUUCCAUACGGCACAACUUGUCCCUCAACGACUGCUUCAAGAAGGUGCCUCGAGAUGAAGAUGAUCCAGGAAAAGGGAAUUACUGGACUCUCGACCCAAACUGUGAAAAGAUGUUUGACAAUGGAAACUUUCGCAGGAAGCGGAAGAGAAAGUCUGACAUUGAUGCCAGUGCUGCUACUCUUGCAUCUGAGAAAUCCGAGGACAGUACCCUGACUGGCAGCCCCAAAGCUGCAGAGCAUCAUGAUAUCUUGGAAAACUCAUCACCUGGGACUGACAAUUCACCUGAGAAAGGAUCUCCUCCUCCCUCUUCCAGCAGCCCGUGCCUCAGUAACUUCCUGUCCAGCAUGACCGCCUAUGUCCACAGCUCCAACUCGGGGAGCCGCUCCGGGCCCGUGGGACUCAGCUCUGAACCCAUUGACAAAAUGGGGCAGAACAUGGUAGGCUUCAAUUCCUACUCCCCACUCUCCAGUAUCCCCAGCCAUGGUGUGGGAGACUGGUCCAAUUCCAUGCCUUCCAGUCACCUUGGCCACAGCAACUCGGUGCUCAACCAGUUUAACACCCAUUUUUACAGCAGCCUCAGCACAAACAACACCCUGUACCCCAGGGAAGGCACAGAGGUUUAA